AUGGCCGCGGUUGGAUGUAAAGGAAGAUUUUUAUCUUUUUUUAACUACAAAACGGAAAAAUACAUUGUAACUAAAAAUAAAAAAGUUGGAAUCCUGUACAGAAUCUUCCAGUUAUCCAUCAUCGGUUACAUUAUAGGAUGGGUUUUCUUAACCAAGAAGGGCUACCAGGAGAAAGACGAGGCCAUCCAGAGCACAGUGAUCACGAAACUGAAGGGGGUCUCGGUGACAAACACCUCAGAGUCUGGUGUGCUAGUGUGGGGGCCGGAGGACUAUGUCAUCCCACCACAGGGUGAAGCUGUUCUUUUUGUCGUCACUAAUUUCCUAGAGACCCCCAAUCAGAAGCUUGGGUACUGUGCUGAGAGCCCCAAAGUGCUGGAUGGACACUGUCAGAAAGACGAGGAUUGCGUAGAGGGAAAACUAGUGAAGGCUGGUCAUGGAAUCAGAAGUGGACGAUGCUUAUGGAGGGAUGAAAACACCAAUGGAACCUGUGAAAUAUUUGGAUGGUGUCCUGUUGAAAGAAGCUUAAAACCACAAUCUGCUCUGCUGACGAACGCAGAAAACUUCACCAUCUACAUCAAGAAUUUUAUACAAUUUCCCAAAUUCAAAUUUUCAAAGUCUAAUAUUCUGGAGACAACGAAUGUGUCCUAUCUGAAAUGCCGAUAUGAUGAAAAGCUGCAUCCUUAUUGCCCCAUCUUUCGCCUGGGCGAUAUCACUGCACGAGCUGGAUACAACUUCAAUGACAUGGCAAAAUUUGGUGGCUCCAUCGGGAUCCAGAUCCAGUGGGACUGUGACCUUGACAAGGGUUUCUCCGAAUGCCACCCACGCUAUGAAUUCAGUCGCCAGGAUGUAGCCACCUCCAACAAUACCAUUGCAAAGGGAUUCAACUUUAGACACACUCGUUAUUAUAAAAAUGCAGCAGGUGAGAGCUACCGAUCCCUAUUCAAAGUCUAUGGUGUCCGAUUUAACAUCAUGGUGAAUGGAAGGGCUGGAAUGUUCAAUAUUGUCCCUACUGCCAUCAGUAUUGGUUCAGGGUUAGCUUUAAUGGGCGCAGGAGUAUUCUUCUGUGACAUGAUCCUUCUCUACAUCAUGAAGAAUGGCACCACCUACAGGGAGAGGAAGUUUGAAAGAUCCCAGGAGUCAUCAGCUGAAGGCAACCAUGAGAAAACCAGUCUGGCAUCUUAG